CUCAUCAUAUUUCCCUAAAUUUUCAUGUGGAAAUUUGAAUCUGAGCCCGAGAGCGCUCUUUAAUGUCAUAUCUUCCAACUCUCCGAUGUGCUGAGUGAGAGUGAGAGAAAUUGAUUGAGAAAAAGGAUGAUGGAGGAUUCAAUUGGCACGUUUAGGAAAACGCUAACCGCAUUCUGCAAUCAGGUCCAAAGCAGCUGUGAUGCCCUCAAGCAAUCUGUUGAACGGCGUCCAACCCCUCUGAAUUCGGCUUCCUCGACCUUUAUUCAGUGCCUCAAUCGUCGGGUUUCAUCAACCAGCGCCGACCUCAAUAUGUUGGAGUCUAUGUCGUUCGACACAGUCUCUUUCGAGGAGCUACUCGGCCAUUGCAGUGAGGUUUACAAGAAGAACCAGACCGAUCUCCUCGAUCUCCAAGAUCGCCUGAUAAAUUUUGGAUACACGCCUGAAAAUGACAUCUCUGUGGAUGAUGAAAUAGUUGCUUUUGGUGAACCCAUGAGUCCAGCUGGAUCAGAUUUGACGAUUAUCCAAGAAGAUUUAUUAUGGGAGGAAGAUUCAUUCAACUUGCAGGAUCUUGGACUUUCAGAUGUCUGUCUUAAAACAGUUGCCGCUGAAGGGGAAGUGGAUGAUGAGCUGAUGCCAAGUGGAGUACCCACAUCUAUUAUAAAUGUGCAAAAAGAGGAAUAUGAAAGUCUUCCUUCAUAUAUGAGAACUCUAGCCUCAUGGGAGGAUCUUCUUGCUGCGGUUGAGAAGAUAAACUCUAGUCUUAAUGUAAUCUUCAAAGAGAAGGGCAGCAACUUCUUUCACCAAGAUGAACUCGCAUCAAUGGAAUUAGGAGCUAAAGGAAGAUGUUAUUUGCUGCUGCUAGUUCGACUUAAUUGUUUAGUUGUUGAGACAGUUGAUGGAGUUAUUUUCUAUAAAGUUGUUUGAUCAUGAAUGAUAGUUUGCCAUUUUCAUAGGACCUUAUAUUUCUUUCUUUCUUUCUUUUCCUUGUGGGUUUAUCUAUAGGUGUGUUUUGUUUGGUAUGGACAAAUCAGAUGUAUAUUUUAAUAUCAAAACUAAAGUCACAAAUACAAUCUAAAAAAUAACCUGGGUGAUA